AUGGCCCACCGAACCCACGAUGCCUUGGUCAUGGUGGCGCCGAGAGCACCCUACGAGAUCUGCAAGUUUGACACUGUUGCUCCGAAGGACGACGAGGUCUUGAUCAACGUCAAAUGGACCGCAUCUACACCCCUUGACCUUCACCAAGCUGACGGUGGACUACUGGUGGAGCACCCAUCAAGGAGCGGAUCUACCAGUGUAGGUGUUGUUAUUGAAGUUGGCCCGGAUGUCAAGCACCUUAAAGUGGGAGACGCCGUAUUUGGCUUUGCUCACCAGAAGCCCAAGUGGAAAGCGCACCAGGAGUUCGCGACAGCCCCUGAGUGGGUGUUCGGCAAGAUACCAGAGGGCUUCAAGCUGGAAGAGGCUGCCACAGUACCGGAGAACUUCGUGACUGCCUUCAACACCUUGUGGGCCGAUCUGCGCCUGCCAACACCGUGGCCGAAGCCUGCGAACUACCAGCCGCCCCGGGCCGAUGACCGAAUCCUGAUCUGGGGUGCCGCGUCGUCAGUAGGACAACACAUCAUCCAGGUUUUGAAGUUCUACGGCUACCGAAACCUAGUUGCCACAGCAUCACCCAAGCACCGUGAAUAUCUAACGAGCUUGGGGGCGACCAAGUGCUUCGAUUACAGGAGCCAUGCUAUCGUUGACGACUUGCUGAACAGCUGCCGCGACGGCUCGACCUCAUCGUAUCCGUUGAUCGUUGACUGUAUUGGCUCGCAGGAGGGAUCACUUGAACCGAUAUCAAAGGUUGCUCGCACCGGCAGCACUGUCGCGGUCAUGCUGCCAGUCAUACUGAAACACGCUUCAAACGAAGAAAAGCCCGAGUACUCUAUGGAUGCCAGCACCAGUGCUCAGUGGGCCGAGGGAGUGAUUGUUCGUGGUGUUCGAACCCAUUUCUACUGGAAGAACCCGCUGUUCAAAGAGAAGUUGCAGUUGGAUAUCAUGCCGACACUGCUAGCCGAAGGCGCCGUGAAGCCUAAUCGAUACCGUAUCAUCGAAGGGCAGACUUUGUUAGAGAGGGCAACGAAGGCAUUGGACACGCUGAGAAAUGGUGUGAGCGGAGAGAAGCUCGUUUGGAGAGUGUCAGAACGUUGA